CUCUUUUAACAAAACAUUAAAUACAUACAAUCAUAAUUAUCAAUAUAAAAAAAUAUAAAAUUAUAGAAAAAUAGACAAAUGUCUAUGUAAACAAAUUACGUUAAAAAUUAAAAUUUUAUUAUAUAAAAAGUAAAAGAAGCAAUAAUUUAUUUACCUUUAUUUCUUAAGCAACAACAACGGUAAAUUGUUAAGUAACAACAACAUCAGCAUGGGAAAUAAAUCAAGUAAUAUUUCUACUUAUCCACAACAUGACGAUCCGGCCUAUAGAAAAUGUCAAGAAUUAAAGAUGGAACGUUGGAUCCAAAUGCACUAUCAAAUUAAGGAACGUGAACAAGCCACGGAAAUAGCUCGUGAUAGGGAAUUUUUUUACUGGCUUAGUGGUUUCUAUAUAACAUCGUUAUUUGGUUGCUUUUCUUUCUAUCAGCGCACAAGAAGACCGGUUACAUUACUGCCCAUGGUACCUUUAUCUUUUGUUAUGGGCUAUUACGGUGACUUGGCCUAUGGCAGUAAGAUACAUCGCAUUAAAGAAGCUAAUAUGAUAAUGGAACAUGAACCAGAAUUGCUGCAUUGGCCUGGUGGUCUACCCACAGUGGCAACUAUCGAUGAGGCACGUGUGGAAGCUGAAAUGGAAAAGAAAAUGCAUCCACAUCACUCAUAGGCUCAAAAUGCACACAAUGAUUUAAUAAGCAGCUUAGAAAUUCCAUAUGAUGCUCAAGUUAUACUAUUUUUCAUUAAUACUUAAUGAUGGUAUUCACGAAAAUAAAACGCGUAUUUAAUACAUAGUUAUUUAGGACAAUAUAAAUAUUUCUUAAAAUUAAAAAUUUCAAGUAUUCAUAAAAUGUACCAAAUAAUGUAGUUCCACAAAUUAAUGUGUGUGUGUAAGUAAAGUUUCAAACAAUGAAAACGAACAAUAUUUAUUAUUAAUAAUUUUUAUUUCUUAUUCCUAUUGUGGUAAAUUAUAUUUUAAUAACAUUUAUAUUUAUAGUAAUGUAUUAACAAAUUCCUUAACUUAUUUAAAUCGUAUACACUUUUCAAAAACCAUUAAAUGUUAGCUACAAUUUUUCACUACUCUUUGUGUGAGUUAAUUUGAUCUAAUAAUAAAAUUAAGAGAAAGCCUUUUAAAAUUAAA